GGAACGGCCCGGCCUCGGCCCUCCCGGCUUUACCUCAGCCCCGGCGGCGGCGACCCGGGGCUGAGGUAAAGCCGGGAGGGCCGAGGCCGGGCCUGGAGUUUGGGGUCGCACCCCCGAAACAACCCACUUCUCGAUUUUUAAAAAUUUUUUUUCCCCCCUUUCAGGUGACACGACAUCCCCUCAGGCUGUAACGGACCAACUCCUGCGUCUCCCGCCACCGGCCCGAGGAGCUGACAGCGGCUUCUCGGGAUGGGAGGCCGGAGGUCUCCGUUAGAACUGGGCUUAGCCUACCAGGUAAAGUUAAAGGGUGAUGACCUCGGGGUAUCCGAAGAGGACGAGGAGCUGGAGGGUUUCAGGCGGGAGGCGGCAGUCCUGCGUGAGAAGCUGUGGGAGGCUCUCAGUCGUCCAUCUGGUAACAAAAGGCAGUCCAGUUCUUUGAUCGACCUCACCUCUGACAGUACCUGGGAUCAGCAAAAGCCUCACUUGUUUCCUAAAUCCCGCUUGAGGCCAAAAAGCGCUUCAUCUCCCUGGAUUCCUUCCAUCACCAUCCCUCAGCCUUUCGAAAUGACACUGCGGGAAGCUCGCAAAAAGUCCCAGUUGAUGAAGUCAUAUGUGUUUCUUGAACUAGACAAACAGAGAGACAAAAGGCAAAGCCAGGAUGAAGCUGAAUGUCAGAAGCAAUUCCGGGCACAGCCUGUACCUGCCCAUGUGUUUCUGCCCCUUUAUCAGGAAAUAAUGGAGCAGAAUGAGAUUCGCAGGCAAAUAGCAACACAGAAGAGAAAAGAGCUGUUACUUUCAACCCAGCGGCCCUUCAGUUUCCUGGAGAAGGAGGAGAAAAAGAAAGAAGCUAUCAGACAAAAGUUCCUGGCAGCAGCAACCCCAAAUGAGAGCUCCAAACAGAAGCAAGCAACCAAAAAAAUUCCUAAAUCUACUUAUGACCCACUUCUUGGAGAUAAACUCAAAGAAGCUGAACUCUACAGAGAAAUCCGCAUUCAAAUGAGAGCAAAGGAUUUGCUUGAGAGCUCCAUAGCUCCUAUAGAUACGAGCAACUGUCGGAGGGAGCCUCAGUCCCGAACUGCCACUAAAACUAAGCGGGAAAGACUUGGCUUCUUGCAGGACAAAAGUUUCAGCUUCAAGCCAAGGAUUAAUCCAACAAUACCGGAUUUUGAAGGACUUUACUGGGCAUUUCAGACGGAAGCAGUAAGGAGACAAGAAAUCAAAGAGGCAACUCGUAAUAAGCCAUUCAAGCUAAGAACCUCCAAUCUCCGUGGCAGGCAGAGGCAGGCUAAUGAAAAGAUAAAGGAUUCUCAUCAACUUUCCAAGAUUUCAGUACAAAAAAGUCAUUCUCUGACCGGACUUUCCUCUCUCUCUUCCAACACUCUUCCAGUGCAUAUUACAGAUGCAACUAGAAAAAGGGAAUCUGCUAUUAGAUACUCCCAAGAUAACAAAAAGGAAGGGGACAAAGAAGGAAUUUAUUGGCUGGAGAAACAGAAAAAGAAAUGUCAAGCUAUCCGAAAGUCAGUGAACAGCCGAGCAAAAGCCCUGGAUCCACAUAAAAGUUUGGAGGAAACACACAAGGAGAAGUUCAAGCAGAACUGGCAAAAUAUGAGAGAGAGAACAAAGGAAUACAGAAAGGAGCUGGAAGAAAUGCAGCUGCGAGUCAAGAAUAGACCAUACCUCUUUGAACAGGUCACCAAGCAUGAUGCUCGUCAAGGAGCAGAGCGUCGCUACAGACACACCCUCCAGCAGGUUGGGCUAAGCGAAGAAUUUGUAAGGAAAAAAGGGAAAGAUGCCACUGACUUGCUGGAUGAAGAAUCUGAUGUUCACAGACCGCCCAAGCCUCAGGGUGAAAAGGACAACUCUACUGUACAGGAAGGAGAACCUCAAGAGGAACAGAGCGGAAAGGAAAUGGCAACAUAAGAUCUAGCAGAAGAAUCCAUUGAUCAUCUCUUAAUUAUUUUAAUUCAAGAUUCUCCAGGUUAAUCCUCAGGAACUUUAUGGUUUAGGCUGACACUUAAGAAUUGCUCUGGGUUAAGUGAGAUGUGAGAACUUAGUAAAGGAAAAAAAGACCAGCUGUUGUUUAGAGCAUGUCUUGUCCAACCCAGCAAACCCUGCAGCCUCCCUUAGUGUUCACAAGUGUUCCUCGUGUGAGCCAUUUCCCUUUCUUUAAUGGGCAACAAAACAAGUUAAAAAGGUUGAAGCACUAUCUUCGGAUAAAAGUAGGCAUGAAAGAUUGAAGAGGUGCAUCCUCUCUGUUAGCUCCUUGCAUUCAUGCCACAGAAGCACACAGAAAGGGGAGAAUACCUUUCAGUGUGUUAAACCUUGGUUUACACAUACAUGUGGUAGAAUGCUUUUAAACAAGGUAUUUCUAAAAAAACAAAGAGCAGGAUUUGACCUACCUUGGGAGAAGACUCAGAGAAGUCCUUCUCUGGUGUUAACUCUUCAUUUGCUCAUUAACAGCUCUGCUCCUUCCUCCCAUUAGGAAGAAGCAAUAGUCUUUCUGUAUUAAAAAAUCUCCCGUAUUUCAUUAUUUGAAACUGUUUUAACAUCUUACCAAUUCAGGUCAUUAAUUUGGCCUGAAAAACAACGAAAAUUAUGAAGAGGGUUGUAAUUAAACAAUGCAUUGCUUUGGAUUGCUGUUAUCCUAAUUCUACUAUUGCUGUGAUAUCAAAGAUGGACUUUGGUGGAAGAAACAUCAGGUGUUACCUGUCAGCAUGUUGCACUCAAAUGCCUGGCACAUCUUGAAUGGUAUAGUUCACACAUUAGUGGUUUUCCUUUACCUUUCAGUAAUAACAGUCUCAAAAAUACAAACCCUUACCACCUGGAAUGUUUUCUGAGAACUAUGACAUCAAAGCACUGUGAGAUUAAAAGAUUUUUAAAUUGCUA